AUGAACCAAGCCGCGCCGGCCAAACUUACCCAAGACGCUGCUUCGGGAGCACAACUCGCGAAACUCAUUUUGUUCAGCCUCGCUCUCGGCAUCGCUCCGCUUUCGUCCUACUUUGGGUCACUCAAAUAUGUGUGGGAUGGCAAUUCAACCUAUGCAGCAUUAACGGCGGUUGUUGCUGCAAACAUCGUUCUAGUCGCUUACAUAAUCACCUCUAUUUUGGAUGAUCAACGGACAACAGCGCCCUCGACAGAAACCAAAAAGACCCAAUGA